AUGCAUUAUCUCACCCUGCACUGGUUCUAUAUGGGAAUGCUGCUAUUCCUGGCACGUAAAGGACAACAAUAUGUGUUGAAAAGCUGCAAGCAAUCCACUAGCUGCUAUGAAGACCUCACAGCCAUUAAAUAUGGUGAAGGAGAAACAGUGUUCACCAAGGUUUCCUGUUGCAAGGGGAAUGGCUGCAAUAAGGCUACUCCUUCAUUGCCAGAUGUAAACAUGACAGCCAACGGGAAGAAAUGUAAAGGGUGCUUUGCUAUCAACAGAGGUCAAUGCAAUUCUAAAGUGUUUGCCAACUGUGAGGGAGACCAGCACUAUUGUUCCGAUGUGUCUGGCUUCGCAGAGUUUCCAUCCCCUAUAUUUGCUGGACCUCCUUUCUUGGUGACUGUAAUUGCCUUCAAGGGCUGUGCAAACAAAGCUUUCUGCGAUGCACAUUAUGAAGGUGUUUUCCAUACUUCCAUGCUUGUUGUGACUGCAAGAGGUCAUUGCCAGCUUGCUUCUCUUAUGGUUCGUGCCGCUCCACAAUACUUUGGACUCUUCCUUCGAGCCUUGGUUGGGCUCCUCCUUGCAAUGAACUUUGCUUGAUUUCCCUCCAGCAAAAGGGUCCAGGGGAACCACACUUAAAUAGUCCGUCCUUGCCAUGUGG